AUGGGAACUCCAAGGUUUUACUCUUUCCUCCCACUUCUGCUCGGCAUGAAGCACAGACCCAGAUCACUGGGCACCAAGGUGCAGCUUUUAUUAAACCCCAGAAGCGGUUCCAGCUCUUACCUGGCUAAAGGGAAGAACGGUGGCAGAGGGCAGGAGCUGAACGCGUUUGGGCCGGGAGAGAAAGAACAAGGGCAGCGCAGCAGCGUGCGGCCCUCGGAGCCCUUCCUCACCCGGUACCUGCUGGGGCCGUACAAAAACCUCUCCGAGACCCAGGUGUUCAACGAGAUUUACCCCGUGUGGACUUACUCCUACCUGGCACUGCUGUUCCCGGUGUUCCUGGCCACAGACUACCUGCGGUACAAGCCCGUGGUCCUGCUGCAGGGCCUGAGCCUCAUCAUCACCUGGUUCAUGCUGCUGUACGCCCAGGGGCUCUGGGCCAUCCAGUUCCUCGAGUUCUUCUACGGGAUGGGGACCGCCACCGACAUCGCCUAUUACUCCUACAUCUACAGCGUCGUUGAUGUCAACCUGUACCAGCAGGUCACCAGCUACUGCCGGAGCGCCACGCUGGUGGGCUACACGGUGGGCUCGGUGUCCGGGCAGGUCCUUGUGUCGGUGGCAGGGUGGUCCCUCUUCCGCUUGAACGUUAUCUCCUUAACCAGCAUCUCCGUUGCCUUCGGCACAGCCUGGUUCCUGCCAAUGCCACAAAAAAGCUUCUUCUUUCACCACGUCUCGAGUCAGCAGCUCAGUUGGGAAAUGAAGGUCAUGGACUGUAAAAAUGGGUCGGCUGUCCAAGAUCAUCCCAAUGUCCAGAGGACACCUGGCUGGGAAGAUGAGACAAAAGUUCCCUUAAAUGAGGAGGGUCAUUCAGCAGAGAAACAGGAGCAGAAAGUAGACAUCGUAAAGGUGCUCAAAGAUCUCUGGCAGGACUUCCUACAGUGCUACUCCUCCCGGACCAUGCUCUGCUGGUCCGUGUGGUGGGCACUGUCCACCUGUGGCUACUUUCAGGUCAUCAACUACGCUCAGGGCCUGUGGGAGAUGGUGCUGCCUUCUCAUAGUACGGAGAUCUACAAUGGUGCUGUGGAGGCAGCCUCGACGCUGCUAGGAGCUGUUGCAGUGUUUGUUGUGGGUCACAUAAAAACAUCCUGGGCAAUGUGGGGUGAAGUGGCACUUGCCCUGUUCUCCUUUCUUAUCGCUGCUGCUGUAUAUAUCAUGGACACUGUUCGUAACAUCUGGGUGUGCUAUGCAUCCUACGUUGUCUUCAGAAUUAUCUACAUGCUGCUAAUCACGAUAGCAACGUUCCAGAUCGCUGCAAAUCUCAGUGUGGAACGGUACGCCCUGGUGUUUGGGGUCAAUACUUUUAUUGCCUUGGCACUUCAGACUCUGCUCACUUUGAUUGUUGUGGAUGCCAGUGGGCUUGGGUUGGACAUCUUCACCCAGUUCAUGAUUUAUGCAUCUUACUUUGCGGCCAUCUCACUGGUGUUCUUGGGCAGUGGCAUAUACAGUAUUAUACGAGCUUACAGAAGACAAGAGCAGAUGCAAAGCAGAUCUCCUGAAAGCCAGUAGUGCACCAAGUGAAGACUCUUCGUGGCUACGUAUGAAGAUAUAGGUCCAUUUUUUAAUCUCUGCCUUUUCUUCCCAAGGCAGUCACCUUAAUGGUUAUUUGAUCCGUAUUUAUACUAUAUUAGCAGCACGUUUUAGAAGGUAAAUGUAUUGGCUCUUACGUAAGUAAGAACAAAUACCUUCUUUCUAAAAUGCCUUUUGUUCUUCCGUUGCAUAUAUGGGAUGUGCAGCAAAGAACAGUAAGUUUUCUCAAAAAAAGCCUUGGGAGGUUUUAGUCUAAGGCUGUGCAUCUGGAGGCUGCCAUUGAAAAGGCAGUUUCAUGAUUGUCUACUCAACUGCUACCCUCUCUGUCACUGAGGUGCUGCUGCAGGGCAGAA